AUGGCCGCCAAUGUUUACGUGGGUAUUACGCUCGGUCAGGGGCACUUGAAGGCCGUCCCGCGUUGGGCGUGGUGGUGGUGGUGGCGGUGGUGUGGGCAGCGCGACGGUGGGUGGCCAGAAAGGAAGGGUGAUGAGGAGCGGCAGCAGAUUCUGUUAUGGCCAGGCGCGGGGAACCAACCCUGUAGUUUCCAAACACGAGAGAUAAGGUUCACUCUGCCUCCCAGUUUGGCUCCUCUCGGCUCAGCUCUCGACGACAACCAGAUCGACGACCCAGAAGACCUGCACGACCUCCCGCCUCUCGCCACGCAAGGGUUGGCGGGACAGCUGCAGCAGGACUCCGGGUCAGCCUCGUCAUCCUCCCUUACGUCCCUCACGUCACUGGAGGCUGCCGCGGCGAACGAGGCGAGGCGGGCAUCUAUCUCUGACCUGAGGCGUCGCUCCCUACAAGGUUACAGUUUGGGCACCUUGAACCCAGAGCUGUACCGCAUUCCUGACCACCUUGAUGACCCAGCCACGUACCCCGCCGGUCACCUGGGCCGCCUCUUCUUCACGCUGCAGUACGUGAGUGACGGGGAGAAGCUGCAGGUGGGAAUACUGCGGGUGAGGAACCUGCCUUCACGGACCUCUGGCUCCACCAACGCCUGCGACCCUUACAUUAGGCUGAGUGUGUUGCCAGACGAGCGGCGAUACCUACAAACGAAACAAAAGAAGAAAACUUGCAACCCAGUCUUCGAUGAACAUUUUGGAUUCCACAUUCCGCUGCGGUGCGUCGGGGAGCGAACCCUGAGACUCACAGUGCUGGACGGAGGCAGACCCAAGAGACAGGGAGCCACUGUGGGCCACGUGUACUGCCCCCUUGGCCGCGUCCUCGCCCAGCCACCCGCCGAGACAGCCCCGGUCAUGGCAAGGGAUCUGGUUAAGGAGGACGAGUGUGAGCCUCGCAGUAACCUUGGGGAACUCCUGGUCUCUCUCACCUACAACGACACGCUCCACCGACUGUCUCUCACCGUGUUCCAGGGGCGAGGAGUGAAGGUGGGUGACGGGGAGACAGUCUCGUGGGUGAAGGCGUCUCUCAUGGGCCAGCGUCGCUCCAUAAAGACCAAGAAGUCAGCAGUGGUCGCCGCGGUGGAGGAACCUCACUUCAACCAGCCUUUCCAUUUCCGCCCCCCGCCCGCCCUCGAGGGAGUGCACCUCAACUUGACUCUCUGCCUCGCGCCUAAUGCUUCAUCCAAAGGUCGCCCGCUGGGUCGCGUGGUGAUAGGGCCGUACAUGUUCGCGCGCGGUCGGGGCCUCACGCAGUGGAACCAGGCCCUCGCGGCGCCCAAGGAGCCCAUACAGUUCUGGCACCCGCUGACUGAGUAGAGCCGCCGCACCAGCCACCAGUCCUAGAGCCACACUAGAGCCACUCCUAGAAGCACCUGCUGAGUAUGGACACACUCACUCACUCACUCACUCAGUCACUCAGUCACCCUCUUCACCUGGUAGUAACUAACAUCUGUUGACUCAGAGUGUAUUCCUGCUGAGUCUGUCCUGUGUGUGCUGAUUCCUUGCCUUUACUAACUAUAAACUGAACCUGCUGACCUGCUAACCUUUAACUAGUGACACCUGCUGACAGUACAGCAGAUACUCGUAGUACCUGCUAGCCCUGUCACUCACGGAGUAGUACUAGCAGGAGUAAGUAGCAGAACUACCUACCUAUAUUACCAAAUCCUGCUGACCUGCUAGCCUGCAAUCUAACUAGUGACAUCUGCUGACAGUAUAGCAGCAUUAGUACCUGCUGGUUGUGUCGCUAACGGAGUAGUGAUAUUAAUAACAGGAGGAAUAGGAGAGUUACUAGCAGCCUCAGUAAUUCCAGCACAGGUGUUAGGCAAGCUUGCAUUAACCUGUCAGCAGACCUAGGUAAGCUUGUACUGUCUUUCUGGUGUCUACAUAUCAUAUACAAGUGAGGAUAUACGCCAAUAUACACCAAUAUAGUACUAAAGACCAACGAGACAGGAGGACACAGGGCAAUGUAAUGCAGUAUUCUGGAGUAUUUUACAUUAUUUUGUUUUUCAGGUUCAAGAGAUGACUGGAUUUACAUUUGCAAACAUGAUUUAUUUGAUUAUUCAGUGACAGAGUGGCACAAGACAAUGUAAUGCAGUAUUUUGUAGUAUUUUGCUCUUCAUGUUCAAAAGAUCACUGGUUAUAUAUAUGCAAACUUUAUUGAUUUAUCUAGUUAUUCAAGGGCACUUUUAUAGUAAACAGAAGAGCGAUGUGAUGCAGUAUUUGGGGGCUUGUCUUCGCACUUAAAAAGAUCACGGUGUGUGCGUCUUUUCAAACUUUUAUUUUAUUCUCUAACACGACAAGGAAAAGAAAAAAAGUGCGUUUAAUGCGAGUUUGUCUUCUUAUCUAAGAGGGAAUUCACGUCAAGGGCAAUAAAGAAUAAGGCUACUAUAUAUAUAUAUAUAUAUAUAUAUAUAUAUAUAUAUAUAUAUAUAUAUAUAUAUAUAUAUAUAUAUAUAUAUAUAUAUAUAUAUAUAUAUAAAAGGCCCAUUCAAGAUACCACUUCCCAGAAAGUGCAGUCAAAAGGGUUAUCCAGAAUUUCCGGGUGAAUGUCUUGAAAUGUUCCUCUUAAACAGCUCAUGUCAAAGGCAGAGGGAAAUACAGAAACAGACAGGGAGUUCCUAACCUAACCUGACCUAAUCUAACCUAAACCUUCCCUCUUGAAACAGUUGAAGUUUAAGGCAGAAGGAAAUACUGAAACAGGCAGGGAGCUCUCAACCUAACCUGCUCUAACCUAACGUAACCUAACCUGACCUAACCUAACCUAACCUAAACUUUCCCUCCUUAAACAGCUGAAGUCAAAGAUAGGGAGAAAUAACCUAACCUGACCUAACCUAACUUAAACCUUCCCUCUUGAAACAGUUGAAGUCUAAGGCAGAAGAAAUACAGAGACAGGCAGGGAACUCUCAACCUAACCUGGUCCAACUUAACGUAACCUAACCUGACCUAACCUAACCAAAACCUUCCCUCUUGAAACAGUUGAAGUCUAAGGCAGAAGGAAAUUCAGAAGCAGGCAGGGAGCUCUCAACCUAACCUGAUCUAAACUAACACAAUCUGUCCUAACGUAACCUAACCUGAGUUAACCUUUUUCCCUCCUUAAACAGCGGAAGUCAAAGAUUGGGAGGAAUACAGAAACAGGCAGGGAGUCCUUAACCUAACCUAACCUACCGUAACCUAACCCUCCCUCCUGCAACAGUUUAAGUCAGAGAUAGGGAGGAAUACAGAGGCAGGCAGGGAGCUCCAGAGUUAACUUAAUCUUUCCAUAUGUGCUUUAACAUUCAGGAAUUCACGGGGCAUACGGUACUCUUGUUUAUUUAAUUGUUCCUUUUCGUCAAAUCGAUUUACGAGUAGAAAAAUAAUAUACGAGAGAUGCGCGUGGCGAGUCUUGCUUUCUCCCUGUGGCGAGGCGAAGCGAGGAGAGAAGGUGAAGCGAGAGGACAAAAGCGAGACGAGAAACGAGAUGAAGCGAGACGAAGCGAGACGAAGCGAGGCAAGGCGAGAAGCGGCUAUACUUUCAGUGUCAAUCAAUUCCUACCUGAACACACCAACAUACUGCGCGGGAGAGAGAGAGAGAGAGAGAGAGAGAGAGACAGGGGGGGAGAACUGAGUGACAUCUUACCUCUCACUCUCUCACCCUCCCUUUCUCUCCCUCUCCCUCUCCCUCUCUCUUUCCCGGCAUUACUGAGGACACCUGGUCGCGUUUAAUCAAUAUAUUGGUGCGUAACUUGAGAUGUGUUCUUUAUUUUUGUUUAUUUAUUUAUUUUCUCGUAAGGUUAAAGGGUCACAUGACGCGUGAAAAUAAGAACUGUUUUUUUUUUAGUGUAUCUUUUCUUUUCUUUAUUUCUAUUUAUCUUUCUUUAUUUACGUUUUUUUUCCAUUUCUACUCUCCUUUCUUUCUUCCUUUCUUUAUUCAUUUCAUUCUUUCCUUCCUUCUAUCCUUCCUUCUUCCCUUUCCUUUUUUUUCUUUCUUUCCUUCAUUCAUACCUAGUAACCUUCUUUCCUUCAUUCUUUUUUUCCUUCCUUUCCUUUCUUUCAUCCAUCCUUCCUUCAUUCCUUCUUUCCUUCAUCCCUUCCUUCUUUCCUCUUUCCUUUCUUCCUUUUUUUCACGUGUCCAUUCCCCCUAUAGGUAUUUCUGCUACCUCUACUAAAGUUUUAUUUAUGAAGAGACGGAAUGCGUUAGUCUUUUGUCCCUUGAAAUAAUAAUAGUAAAAAAAAAAAAAAAAUGACAUUUACCCCAUAACGUCACACGCUCCUUCCAUUCUGGCUCUGAGCUUUAAAAAUUUCGCUCCGGUUGACUUAAAGUUUAUAAAAGGAUAGGAAAUGUUAGUUAUUUGUCGUCUCCUUAGCUUUUCUUGGGAGUCGUUAGUGCGUCGGUAAUAACACGGAGACAGUGAGGUUGUAAAUUGAGGUAUAGGGAGGGAUGGGGUGUCUAUGGGAAAUAUCAUUAAGAUUUAAAGUGCUCGUAUUAUUAUUGUGUCAGUUUAAAGUUCUAAUGUUUUUUUUUUUUGUGUGUGUGUGUUUGUGUGUUUUGGUGAAUUGACCCUCGCUACUAUUAUAUAAACGAGUCAGUAAUUGUAUGGAAGCAAAGACAGACCAGGCGAUGGGGAAAUAGGUCUAAUAAUUUGAUUUUUAUCCUCUUUAUCAUCACUACUCUCCUAUCUCCAUUAUUAUUAUAUUUUUUUUUUUCAUGAUUUGCAGUUUCUGGACUAUAUAUUUUUUUCAUAUAGGUUUAUUAUUUACUAAGCCACUACUAAUCCUCUCUUUUCUUUCUUUUCUUGUUUUUUUUUUCUCUCUCUCUAUUUCUCAUUCCUCAAAAUAAAUUAAGUUACUCGUCUGUCUGUACCAAGCUUUUUACGGCAACAAGCAUCCAUUGGGAGACCGGAGCCCGUGAAGUGUUCCCUGAGUCUUGAGUUCACUGGAUCUUGAAACACUCCCGGUGACAAACGCCUCUUGACAGAAGUGUUCCCUGAGUCUUGAGUUCACUGCAUCUUGAAACACUCCCGGUGACAAACGCCUCUUGACAGAAGUGUUCCCUGAGUCUUGAGUUCACUGCAUCUUGAAACACUCCCGGUGACAAACGCCUCUUGACUGAAGUAUUCCCUGUGUCUAGUAUUCACCGACUGUAUUACAUGUAUACCUCUCGUCUAUACUACUAUUAACCAUAUACGAGGAUUACCAUACGUAAAAACAUAGGUGUAGGCGUGUCCGUGCGUGUGUGUCCGUGUGUACGUGACUGUGCGUGCGUGUCCGUGAGUGCCUGUCCGUGUGUGCGUGUGUGUGCGUGUGUGUGUAUUGUACAGUGUUAUGAGUCAGGUGUGAGGUGACAGCAUGUAUAGCUAACUAACAGUGGUGUAUCAUAGACUGUAGACUGUUGUAACGAGUACCUGUAUAUAUAUAUACCUAUCAUACUUGUAGCUGUCAUGUACAUUACUGUUAUACCAUUAAGGACAUAACUACUGUAUUGGGAACAGCGACGGAGGGUGUAGCAGAGAGAGAGAGAGAGAGAGAGAGAGAGAGAGAGAGAGAGAGAGAGAGAGAGAGAGAGAGAGAGAGAGAGAGAGAGAGAGAGAGAGAGAAUUACCUAUAUCAUAUCCGCACACCCUCCCUCCUGAUUCCUUCAUAACGGUGCGACAAUACUCAUGAAAUAUAUAACAAUAAAAAUGUAAUCU